UAAUAACUUGAGAUCCCUCAUAGUUAUAAAACUGAUAGAGCUGAUCACUUUAUCAGAGAAACGCUUGACAAACAAAGAUUAAUUUCAGCUAUCUUGACUCUAUCAGACUCAGAAAACCAAAGGCGAAAAAAAUAUCCAAAUCCUUUUUGAAAAUUUGUAAGUCUAUCCAAAGCAUUGUGAAUAAUGAUUUUCCAAGUAGUGUCAAGAUCAUUAUUGAAAUUUAAAUUCAACAAUUCAUAUAGAAGCAUUUCAUAUCUCAUAUCAGAUCCAAAGUAUAGCUUUCUCAAAAAUUUAGGACUAGAGGAACAGAAUUUAGGAGUUUUUAACGGCGAAUGGUCUGGUCAUGGAAAGAUUGUCAACUCAAUAUGUCCUGCUAAUGGUCGCCCCAUUGCUUCAGUGGUGACAGGUGAUAUAAACGAUUAUGAGAAUGCUGUCAAAUCAACAUACGACUCCUGGAGUACUUGGUCUGAGAUUCCAGCUCCUAAGCGUGGUGAGAUAGUUCGUUUGAUUGGAAAUGCUUUGCGAGAGAAAAAAAGUGACUUAGGUCGGUUGGUUUCCCUUGAAAUGGGUAAAAUAUUGGCUGAAGGAGAAGGCGAAGUUCAAGAAUAUAUAGACAUCUGUGAUUAUGCUGUUGGUUUAUCGAGAAUGUUUGAAGGUAAAAUUAUACCUUCCGAAAGGCCUGGCCAUAUGUUGUUAGAAACUUGGAAUCCAUUGGGUGCUAUUGGUAUAAUAACAGCCUUCAAUUUUCCUGUCGCUGUUUAUGGCUGGAACAAUGCCAUUUCAAUGGUCUGCGGUAAUUCAAUGGUCUGGAAAUCAGCUCCAACAACACCAUUAUCCAGUAUAGCUGUUAUCAAAAUUGUUCAAUCUGUUUUGACACAAAACGGUUUACCAGGUGCUAUAUGUUCACUUGUUUGUGGUGAUUGGCAAGUUGGAGAUGCUAUGGCGAGGGAUAAAAGGUUACCUUUAAUAUCAUUUACCGGAAGCACUUCGGUUGGUAUGGAAGUGGCGUUGAAUGUUCAAAAACGCUUUGGACGAUCACUACUGGAAUUGGGUGGCAAUAAUGCUAUCAUUGCUUGUGAAGAUGCUGAUAUAGAAAUGUUGGUUCGAUCAGCAUUAUUUGCUUGUGUAGGAACAGCUGGACAGAGAUGUACAACAACUCGUAGGUUAAUUGUUCACCAAACAAUUGUUGACAGAGUUUUAGAUCGAUUGGUUAAAGCUUAUUCACAAGUUCGUAUUGGUUCACCUUUGGAUCCGAGUACUUUGUGUGGGCCGCUUCAUUCAGAAUCAGCUUUGAGUGUAUUUAACGACACAAUCAAUGAAAUAAAACGGUUAGGUGGUACUAUUGUUACUGGAGGUAAAACGAUUAAUCUAGAUGGUGGUUAUUAUGUAGAACCAACCAUUGUAACCAACAUUGACCAUAAAUCUCCAAUUGUUCAAAGGGAAACUUUUGCACCAAUUGUCUAUGUAUUACCUUUCGAAACAUUUGAAAACGCAGUGACAAUUAAUAACGAAGUAGAUCAGGGAUUAUCAAGUUCAUUGUUCACUCAAACGUUGAAUAAUGUUUUCCGAUGGAUUGGACCAAAAGGGUCAGAUUGUGGCAUUGUCAAUGUUAAUAUACCAACAAGUGGAGCUGAAAUUGGAGGCGCAUUUGGCGGUGAAAAGGCAACUGGCGGUGGAAGGGAAUCAGGAAGUGAUUCAUGGAAGCAAUAUAUGCGUCGUUCAACUUGUACAAUCAAUUACAGUCGCGAACUGCCGCUUUCUCAAGGGAUUAAAUUUGAAUAAUUGUUACACGCUUUUAAACUGAUUUAUACAGAUUAAAUAGUUCCAGUACUAUUUUAAGACAAUUUUUAUGAAACUAAAAAACUGCAAUUUUCGACGUAUUUUGUAUCUAAGUUAAUGACUUGAACAAGAUGAUUAGAGAAAUAAACACAAUUCUACAACGAAAAA